AUGAUUAUUGCUCUAAUAUUAGGUUUAGCUAUGUGUAUUCCAAUAUGCGACACGAAAAGUGUGCUCGUUAAAUUAAACAACAGUUUCAUUGUCGGAAAACAUUGCCAUACACUGUUUGACAAGAAGCCUUAUGUGGGAUUUUAUAAUAUUCCAUAUGCUGAGCCACCACUGAAGGAAUUGAGGUUUAAGCCACCGAUUCUCUUGGUGGAUUGGUUGAGUCAAAAAACGCCAUAUGUAUAUUACAAUAAGGAAACUAGGCGAUCUCCAUACUUUGAAGAAGACUGUCUUUAUCUAUCCAUUUUUACGCCACUAACUUCAAACAGGAAACCAGUACUUAUAUGGCUGCACGAUUACUCUUUCUGGCACGGCCCUGACUUUUUUAUAGACGAAGAAAUCGUAGUGGUAACAGUAUCGUUUAGGAAGGGAAUUUUCGGCUUUUUGAACACUAAAGAUGACAUUGCAGAAGGUAAUAUGGGAGCGAAGGAUAUAAUAACUGCGAUAAAGUGGCUCAAAGUUAAUAUUAGAUUCUUCAAUGGAGAUCCCGAAAGAAUAACUGUAGCUGGAGCUGGGGAAGCUGGUACCCCUGUGGCCUCUAUGUUAUUGGCACCAGUUGCUACUAAUUUAGUCUCUGGUGUUAUUCUGUUGAGCGGAAAUGCAUUAUCACCGGCCGAUUACAAUGACAAAAAUGAUUUGAUUCUUAAUAAGUUAUACAAUAAAUUGGGAGGUUUCAAGAAAUUCAACGGAAAAGAUCUUUGUGAAUUGCUCAUAAAUGUGACCGUGGAUAAAUUGCUAUCGGCUUCUCGAGGACUUUUCGAUAGCUCCGAAGUGAGAGAUAAUCAAAGAUUGAUUAAUCCAUUUGGAUGUUCUCUCGAGAUGGCUUCAAAGAAUCCAUUUAUGAAACGGACACCUAUAGAGAUGUAUCAGAGAAAAGCAGUGAAUAACGUUCCAGUAUUGAUUGGUUAUACGAGUUUGCAGUCUUUAUACAAACUAAAAGGUUUAGCGACAAACAGACAAGUCCUUAGAAGCAUUGAUAGUAACUUUCAAUAUCUUCUACCAUUUGAGGGAAAGGCAGAAGAAUAUAAUUCGAAGAAAUAUAAAGAGAUAAAGAAGCAUAUAAUGCAGUUUUAUUUCCUAAACGGCACCAUAGGUGAACGAAGUUUAAGACGAUACGCUAAAUAUCUCACUGAUAUAGAGAUAUUCCCGGUCGUGAGACAAGCAGUUCUACAAAGCAAUAUCUCGAGCUGUCCCGUGUAUUUAUAUAGGUUUGCGUUUAAGGGGUCCCUGAAUAUUGGCUGGAGAAAUUUCGUGCCGAAUUUAAAUUGGUCCGGAGCGACUUUGGACGAUGAAAUAUGUUACUUAUUCAAAUGUAAAUCUUUAAAUCACGUCUAUACUCGCUUGGACUCCAGUGAAAGGGACUUCAUUAAGAAAUUUGUAAGAUUAUUGUCGAAUUUCAUUAGACUCGGGAAUCCAACGCCGCAGAACAAGGAUAAAAUUCUCCAUAACUUACAUUGGAUAUCUUUAACAAAAAAGCAUUCAACAAGCACUUUGAAAGCUUUGAAUAUUGGAAAAAGAAUACGGAUGCGCGACCUACCUGAGGAAGAUAGAAUAGCCCUACUAGAAGCGAAGGUAAAAGCAUUUUCUUGCCCCAAUCCUUCAACCUCCCUCAUAGCAUCGGAUUAUUCAAACAGGAUAGCGGAUAGUCUGUGGCAGCCCUGA